CCACAUUGCCACACCACAACAUCCCCAGAUGUCAUAUCUGCUGAAUCCAUUUCUAAAGUUCCAAGUCUCUUCCUUGUGCCUCAAGGUGUUGGUUGUAUAAAGUUCUGCAGCUGCUAUGAACCCACUCCAAGCACUCAACAUGGAACUCAGCCAUGUCUGUCAAGAGAUUCAUGCGACAUGGGAUCAGCUUAAUCUUGUAGCUCGGGCCUUGGCGCACCGAACUUUAGCAGAGAGGCGACAGAUCAAGGAGAUGUAUCGAGCCAUGUUCGGUGAGGACUUCGUCGAACACCUUCGCAGAACCCACAUGGCCAACUCGAAGAAUGAGAUGUGCAACGCGCUGUACUUAUGGAUGCUCGAGCCACACGAACGCGACGCUGUUCUUGCAAAUGAUGCAAUCGAGCGCAGAGUCACAGAUUACAAAGCCCUCAUUGAGAUCUACACUCGGCAAAAGUUGAGCCAGCUCUUCUUCACCAAGCAUGCAUAUCUAGCAAAGUUCAAGAGACACAUGGAUCAAGACAUGAUUUCUGAGCCAUCCAACUCAUACCAGAAGCUUCUGCUGGCUCUUGCGGCCUCCCAAAAGUCGCACCACACCGAUGUCAGUCAACACAUUGCCAAAUGCGAUGCUAAGAGGCUGUAUGAAGCAGGACAUUGCAGCACGGGAGGGACUGAUGAGUCUCUGGUCCUUGAGAUCUUUAGCAAGAGAGGCAUCCCGCAACUGAGGUUGGCACUCUUCAGCUACAAACAAAUAUAUGGGCAUGAUUACACAAAGGCAUUGAAGAAAGACACAAGCGGAGAGUUUGAGGAAGCACUGAGGAUUGCCAUAAAAUGUGUUCAUAAUCCCGCACAAUACUACUCCAGAAUGGUGAACAAGAGCAUAAAGAUGGGAGAUACUGAUGCAAGAGUUCUGACAAGGGUAAUGCUUGGAAGCACUGAUGCGGGCAUGAAAGAGGUGAGAUCAGCCUUUGAGAAGAUGUACGGUAGGAAGAUGCAAGAUGCCAUUUGUGAGAGCCUUCCCGAUGGAGAUUACAGAGACUUCAUUCUGGCCUUGAGCAAUAUUCCAUAGCGUGUUGUUACCCUUUGAGUUUUCUGAAGUAAAAGAAUGUUUUUACAGCAUGUACCAGACAGAGAUUAAGAUUAUGAUUGUAACUCCUUAACAAAGAUGGUGAAUGAAAGAUUAUCCACAGAACAAAGGGUAGAGAAUUUGGCA